GAGGAAAAGAUUGUUGAGUUGAAGGAGGAGAAAAUUUCUAAUGGAGACACAAAGGUUGAGGAUUCUAUUGAGGAUCUGAAGAAGGAGGUUGAGGAGGUCAAGGAGGAGAAGGAGAAGGAGGAAGUGAAGGAAGGAGAGGAGGGGGAGAAGGGAGAAGGUGACUCCAAGGAGACCGAAGAUGAGAACAAGGAAGAGAAAAAGAAAGAUUCCCGAGCCACCAAUAUCAGGAAAAAGCUUUCUUUCAAGAAAAGCUUCAGUUUUCUCAGGAAGAAAGCUGCAAAAGAUGCUGCUGCAAAGGAGGAGAAGGUUGAGGAAGGAGAGAAGGAGGAAACUAAGGAAGAUAAGGUAGAAGAGAAGGCUGAGGAGAGUUCGCCUAAGGAGACUGAGACUGAAAGCAGCAGCAAGCCUGAAGAGAGCAGCACAGAGAAGGUGGAAGACGCCCCUGCACCACCCACAGAAGCUCCCCCAGCAGUCCCUGCCGCAGAAGAGAGCAUACCCGUUCCCGUUGCUGAAGAGAAGAUUGAGAAGGUAGAGACGGAAGAAGAGAAAGAAGAGGAGAAGGCAGAGGAAUCUCCCGAGAAGGUUGAAGAGAAGGAAGAAGAUAAAUCUGAUAAAGAAAGUGAAACAUUGGUGAAGAAAGAUGAUUCUGAAGAGUAGUAAAUAUUCAGUUAAUAGCAGGUUCAGGGGUAGAAUUAGGCCUAACAUUCUCUCAAUAAUUCGGACGGAUUCUUGCCGUCAGGAUCUCCCCUGAAACCUAAUAUUUACAAUCUUUCACCUUCUUUUGUGAUCCAGAGACUAUAUUAUUAUUUUUUUGUCAUGUUCGGACACUUCCUAGAGUCGACAAAACUUUCCCGUAUUUUUGGAAGUCUGCAAUUUUCCCAGAUUUUCGAACUUUUUUGUGGAUUUUCUGCGAGUGUUGAUCAGGCGCAGUACACUGUAAAUAAGUUGAAGAUAUCGAUAUUUGACCCAGCCUUGAUUAUUGAAUGCUGAUUUUGUUUGUUUACGAUUACGAUAGAGUAGUAGAGGUAUAUUCAAACAAUAUACUGGUGAAUAUCUGUACAUUUAGACAUUGAUGAUUUGGACUUUGUACAAAUCGUCAUUUCCUUGUAAAUUGCAUUUUGAGGAUCUCAUGUAAAACCAUUUAAAUAUUGUAAUUCCCUAUUAGGCAUUUUUUAUUGAAAAUUUGCAGUAUCGCCCUUUUAAGGUGACACGGCACUGUCCUGUAACGACCAAUGUUUUUAAAUCUCAAUAAACCAAUAAUAAAUUUUUU